UUCGCCAGAAUACUACUUGCUGUUCAAGUCGGUAUGUGAGUCGGUUCGAUCUGGGUAUCGCAUCAUUUCUAGCGAGUGUCAAGGCAGUCGCUCACUUCAUUCAGUUGCAAGGAUUGGUGUUUUUAACACUGCUGUCUGCUAUCGUGGUUUAUUUGAUUCAGUUCUUUUGAACGUACUACUUCAAAUAUGGAAGAGCUCAACAAGGAUCAGAUUAUCAUCCUGAAAAAGGCAUUUGAAGCCUUCGACCACGAGAAGAAAGGAUGUAUUGGUACAGUCAUGGUUGGAACAAUCCUGGGAAUGUUGGGAAUGUCCGUUACAGAUGACAUGCUCAAAGACAUCAUUGAUGAAGUUGAUGUUGAUGGAUCGGGUGAGCUGGAGUUUGAGGAGUUCGUAACCCUGGCUUCCAGGUUCAUGGUUGAGGAAGACGCUGAAGCAAUGCAACAGGAACUUAAAGAAGCAUUCCGGUUAUACGACAAAGAAGGAAACGGCUACAUCACCACUGCAGUCUUGAGAGAGAUUCUUCGGGAGCUUGAUGAUAAGAUAAGCGCCGAAGAGUUGGAUAUGAUGAUUGAAGAAAUUGACUCGGAUGGUUCAGGCACCGUUGAUUUUGAUGAGUUUAUGGAGGUGAUGACGGGUGGUGAUGACGAGAGAUAAGAUAAUUGAGUUGGUUGAGUUUUUAUUACGUAUGGAUUAACUGUUUUCAAUAAAAUUUACUGUGUA